AUGUCGGCCAACGGAGAGCAACCGGUCGGCCAUGUUCCACAAGAGAAUGGUUUACGCAUCAAUGGUGACACGACCAAUGGGAGCUCGCGGUUUGAUCCCGACUUUACGGACAGCGUGAUCAAUGCCACUGGGCCAAAGACGAAUCCGCGGGUGAAGAGUGUCGUCGCCAGCUUGAUCCGACACAUGCACGACUUCUGCCGGGAGAACGAGAUCACGGUGACCGAAUUUAUGGCUGGCGUUGAUAUGCUCAAUCGAGCAGGUCAGAUGUCCGACGAGAAGCGCAACGAAGGCCUGCUGCUCCUCGACGUCCUCGGCAUUGAAACGCUGGUUGAUGAGAUCACACAUAAAGUCGUCAGCGAAGCGCACGACCUGCCAACCGCCACAGCUGUCCUGGGACCUUUCUGGCGAAAAGAUGCACCUAUCUAUAAGAUGGGCGAGUCCAUCGUUCAGAACUCUGACGAUGGCGAGCGUGCACUUGUGCACGGCAAGGCGUUGGACUUCGACACUGGCAAGCCGAUCGCCAACGCGGAGAUCGAUGUCUGGCACACUGGGAGUAAUGGGCUGUACGAAAACCAAGACCCCUCGCAGCCGGACAUGAACCUCCGCGGCCGCUUCUACACGAACGACGACGGCUCCUACCACUUCUACUGCCUCCGCCCGACGAGAUACCCCAUCCCGCUCGACGGACCUGGAGGUCAGCUGCUGGAACUGCUAGAUCGCCAUCCGUACCGUCCAGCACAUAUCCAUUUCAUCUUGUCGGCGGAGGGGUACAAGCCGUUGGUGACGCAGAUUUUCGAUCGGAGGGAUGAAUAUAUCGAUAAUGAUACUGUGUUUGCGGUGAAGGAUAGCUUGGUGGUUGAUUUCAAGCAGAGAAACGGGGAUGAGAAGGCGGAGUUUGAGCUGGAGUAUGAUUUCAGGCUUGUUGGAUUUGGAGCUGCUCACAGGAAAUGA